AUGGCUGGCCGCGCCCCAUCAAUCGCGUGCAUUGGGGUCAUUGGAAAGCACAACAAUCCCCUGCAUAUAUCUCUGUUUCCGCCUGACGAGAGAGCGGCUCUAGAAUUUUCCUUCCUCCUAUCGUCAUCCCUUGACAUAUUCGAAGCUCGUCUUCCGCACAAAACGGCAGAUCAAGACUUCGGCCUACUUCAAGCGGUUGAUGAGCGUCUGGCCAUGUACGGCUGGCUGACAAACACGGGCGUCAAGUUCGUCAUUAUCGUCGACAUGGAAGGUCGUCCAGCAACAGCUGAAACCAAGAUCUCUGCUGCGGUUGGCCUGAGAGAUGCUGACCUUAAACCUGCUUUUCGAGCACUCCAGACUGCGUACAUCGAGCUACUAAGGAAUCCAUUCUAUGAGCCGGAUCAGCACUCGCCCCUGACGGCGAAUGCGGAACAGAGGAUUGGUUCUACUCAGAUCACCAGUCGCCGUUUCAUCAAUCAGGUGAAGAGAAUUGGGGACUUGUGGGCUCCUGGGGUCUCUGAUCUAUGA